GAAGCACCAAAGAAACGGCAGGAAAAGAGAAUGGAAGCAGAAGCCACGGAAAAAGGACAGGCACCUUGCACACACGGGCCUCCCUGUAAUGGGGACUCGUGACUUCCACUUAAGCAUCCUCCCCGUUGAGGUGCCAGGUAAAAGGACCUCCCUGUAAACAGGGAUCAAGGUCCAUCCCUUCCCAGCAAAAAGGCUUGAGGGGUCCAUAAGGUAGCAAAGGCUUAGGGGCCCCCCUUUAAGAAAGGUAGCGGUCUCUCUGUGGGUUUCAGCACUUUAGGAGCUAGCCUUUAAAAUGCCCUGUGCCGUUGACCUCUCCCUGUAAGGAGAGGUCAGGUCUCCCCUUUCUAGCCUGUCUUGGGCCGCUGGCACUUGCUGGGCAAAGAGAGACCACCCUCUCCUGAGGGAAUGGAGGUCUCUCCUUUUCUCCACUCUAGGCUUUGGCCCAUGCUUAAGGACCACCCUGUAAGGAGGGUUUGGGUCUGCUUUGCCAUGCUGCUUUAGCCACAGGUCACUUUGACAUGCCAGGUAAAAGGACCGCCCUGUAAGCAGAGUGUAAGGUCUUCUUCCUCUCCCUCUUAAACCAGUGGGGCUUUUAGGUGCCUGUGGCCGAGGGACCCCCCUUUAAGAAGGGUUGCGCGUCUCUCUUUCUCUUAGUCCUAGUAAACUGCCCUGAAAAUGAUUUCUCCUUGGCUUUUUUGAAAUUUGCAGUCAAAUCGUAUUUGUGACCUCUUGAAUUCAACCCGGGGUCCGAUGUAACAUGGUGUGGCGACGGGGCGGCUGUAAGGGGAUGGUGGAGGCCGUGAGAAAUUCCACUCUAUUUUUUUCAAAAAAGCCAAAAAAAACCCAAGCAUCCAAAUGUUCCCAGGUCUGGAAAUGAACAGGUGAGGUGGGGGGCUCCUUUCUGCUCUCACUUCCAUGUAAUCCUUCCUCAUUUCCUCUUGCUCUGCCCAAUUAACACUGCCCCACCAACCUCAGCUUUGACCCUUUCUUUCCUGCGCAGAAUAAAACAUACUGCUGGUUGUUGUAGUGUUUCUUCUCUUGACUGGGAGAGGUCCGUACAUGGUGUCCCAGUACCAGGCCUUUGGUCUCUUGGCUGGUAGACUGAGGUUAUAUUUUUGGACUGUGUUUGAAGUGAUUGAAAGAGCUCUCCUUCAUGACAGGUGUUGGUGAUCUGGUGGCGUAGGUACAUGUGUCGUGGUGUUGGAUCUUGCACGUGGCUGCAACUAACCUAUUAACAGGACUCAGUAAGAAACAAUAAAGUUUCUGGUGAAACGAACCACAGCUUAUCAGCCACUACCUCACCUUCAGCGAUGAAUGCUACUAUCACUAGUGUAACACCAGCAAUGACAACUGUCACUCUCACAGAAACGAUGGUCUCCUUGGAGCCUAAAAAUAUUUCACCAACACCAGAAGGAAAAGCAAGUACUACUGAAAUGACCAAAGUGACUGAAGACACCAGCCCUGCAACUUCCGCAGGACCCACCCAGACACACACGGAUGUGUCAGACCAGUUAGCGUCAGUGAAAACAUCUCCCGAUUUGCAGCUGAACACAUCACAUGCUCCUUUCAGCACAACAGCACAAGCCACAACUUUGGAAAUGGUUUCAACAGCCACAACUUUGGAAAUGGUUUCAACUACUGUCCUCACAGAGCAAACUUCCCACUCAGCUAUCGCAGGACCGCUGCCUAGUAGCUCCAUGGAGCCCUACUACACCUUUGCUUGCAAGAAUAUUAAACAUGUGAAGAAUCCCAGAGUGAUCUGCUUGCAUCUCAGUGAGCCCGACACAUGUAAUAAUUUUCUAAAGACAAAGGGAGCAAAUUUAAGUUUGGUGAUUUGUGACACAACCCCAUCCUACAAUCACUUCUCUUCUCCCCCAUGCCACAUUGAACUCGCCAAAUCUGAGGUGGAUCCCUCCUGCAUGCUGCUCAUUCAGGCUGGCGUUAAAGAUGCAGAUGCAAUAGAAAAGGUCCUCCGAGAUCGGAAGUCUGAUCUAAAUAAGAUUGGAAUAAAAUCCCAUAAACUGGAGAGUAUUGGACACCACCAGAACAUUCCCCGGAAUACGCUGAUUGCCUUGGUCACAUCUGGACUCUUGCUGGCGUUUCUGAGUUUGGCUGGAUACUUCCUUAUGAAACGACGGAGUUGGAGCCCCAGGGGAGAGAGGCUGGAUGAAGACCUCUAUUACACUGAAAACAGUAGCCAGGGAAAUACAGGGAUCACCGUGGACUCCCAAGAGCAGUCCGAGCGGCAGGAGAAGCCAAAUCUCAACAGAGGGGCUCAGAAGAAUGGGACUGGACAGGCAUCCUCAAAAAAUGGACAUUCAGCCAAGCAGCACAUUGUUGCUGACACUGAACUGUGAAAUGUGCCAGGGUGACUGCCUUAUGAUCAUGAUUUGAAGGGGGGUGGGGGAGAAGAGACAGGAGCAGGGGAUAAGGGAGAGAUUAUCCCUUGGAUGGUUGGGAAAAUUUAACCCUUUUUUAGCUGAAGAACUCCAAAGUCCCACUCUAAAGCACACUGAACCCCAGAGCUAAGGUAGCACGGUGCUGUAGAGUGUUGACCUAUCCUAGCAAGGAGCCUCUAGGGGUUAAUACAGGGCUAGGGUUAUGGGCUGGGGUUCUUUGCUCUUCCUUUAGCAGAAGAGAAUGGGAUGUGAUCAGCAGUCAAAUCACCCAAGCAAGGGAUGGGGAAGAUAUUUGGAAAUUCGGAGCUAUGUCGGCUUUGUAAGAAAUUGGCUUGAUACUGAUUUUACUUGGAAGGGAAGGGAGCAGGGAGGUGGUUUAAUCCUUCAUGAGCCGAUGGAGCAUUUUACUGCCUCUUGUUAAAGACACAUGCCAUUAACCUAGCUUCCAGGCCUCUCAGUGGAGAAUCAGGGGCUCUCUGCGUGAGAGAUACUGCCAAAAAGUGGGGAAAUGGCCUCCCCUUACCAUCCUCUGAACUACAAAAGUAAAUACCCCAAAACUGCAAGUCCCACCCAUUUACCACUAUUCUGGUUCUGUGCUCUCAUUGUUAUAUGUAAAAAAUAAGAAGUGCCAUAUAGCAACUGAAUUGCUUCUAAUGAGAUAUGGGCUUAAGCCAGAAAAACCUGGAUCCAGAUUAUAUACAACUCAAAUUCCAGCAGGGGCUUGGGCCCAUUACAAUAUAGGGAUCUGGGUUCUGACUACCAUCACCUCCAAAGUUGUAAUGUCUUUCACUGUGAUAGUUUGGUUUAGCCUCAUCUUUGUAUUUAAGUGUAGCCUUUUCCUCUGUCAGCAACAUUAGUAAGUUAAUGCCCCUUCUUGUGCUUUAUGUCCUCUCAAUGUUUAAUGCUCUUGUGGCAUUUGUAUGUAAAGCUUUCCAGGUGGAGUCUGGUAUUGAGAUGCGAAUAGACUUGGAGUUGAAUUACUAUCUCUCUUCCCCCCCCGCCCCCCAGCAUAUGUGUAGUUGUUUUGUAGUGAAUCCUCUGGUGUCUGGCUCCCAAAGACUGGAGGCACUAGUUAAAAGUGAAGGGGGAGAGAGAGAGAGAGAGUGUGUGUGUGUGUGUACACACACAAGAGCAUAUGACACUGUUCUAGACAACUCACCCCACUUUGAGUGCUUGCAACAGUACUGUCAAGCCAUGUGGAAGGAGCUGGCAUUGUUACCCACCAUGAGGCCUUGGAAAUAUGUAGAUAUCAAAGCAUUCCUAAAAGAAUCCAAAAAAUUGUCAUACAGGAAAGAAACCUCAGUCCUGCUAACAGAUGUUUGGCCUUCCCUAGUAAUAGGGGUUGUGUGUGUGUGUGUGUGUGUGUAUAUGUAGAUAUAUAUACGCACACACACAUACAGGGGAAAGAUAUUGACUCUUAAGAACAAAGAAAAGGCCAAUUUUUUGAGUUUGAGAUUGUUCUCUUGGAAAGAGUUGUUUAAGCCAAGCCCAUUCUGUGUGGGUCAGGAGUCACAUAUUAUUCAUUAAAGGGUGAAGUCCAACAGACCUACUUAUGUCCAGACUCACUUUGUAGAAUGGAGCAGUCCCCUUGAAUACUUGCUGCCUGUAGCCUUUGUGGUUCCUGAUCUCCUGAUUGGACAGGCCACAGGUUGGCUAGCUGCAGGUGGAGGCCUCUAUCAGUGGGACCAGUAUUAUUAUAGCAGCUACAGCCCUGCCCUGGGCACAGCCUUGUGGGAUCGGGGAGCAGGUAUGUGUAAAGGGAAAAGAAAUUUAAUUGGAGAAAGGGGACUGGCUGGCUCAGUGGCUUUCAUCUCUAUGUCACGGAUUCCAAUGAAGACCAGGCUGGUGGUUGACCAAAGACAUUGCUGUAUGAUCCAUGUAUUGGUGGCCCAUGUACAAUGAGUAGGGGACACCUCAUCACCACUGGCAUUAACAGACUCUAUUCUUGGCAGCUUCAGCAUUGGGGCUGAGGAUUAAUAGGCCUGGAAAACUGACAUACCCUCUCGCUACUAAAGGUUAUUACCAUUCCUUGUCAAGACAGACUCACAGGUGCCUGGGAUGUGGGGACAGGCUGCUUUGUGCCUGACUAAUACUAUGCUUAACAAAAAGGAUUUCAAUUUCUAUUUCAAGUUCUGUUAAUAAGGCCCUUUUCACUAGCACUAAAGUCAUGUAAAAAUACAAAAACUAUUUGAUUUUAAGUUUUGUUUGUUUUCUUUUUUACAAACAGAUCUGUAAAUACUGUCAGUAAAAAGAGAUGAGAAUUGAACCCAGCUUUUCUGUUGUAUUCUUGAAACAAUGGACUGUUUGUUCCAUUGGCAACUGUGUCUGGCUCAGUUAACUGCCUGGACAAAGAAAAGAAUGUGCUUCCUCUAAGAAGUUGCUUUCCAGUAGAAAUAGCAUAAGUAAAAGAUGUUUCUUAUUCUUUG